CGUAACUGAAGAAGAGGCCAAAGCCCAACAAAGGGCUGCAGAGUCAUUGCUGAAUGAAUGAAUGUGCAACAUGAAUACAACCACUCCAUGUCUCUGCCUCCAGCCAUCUGUCAUUUCGUCCUUUUUACGUUCAAAUAUUGUCCCCAUUAUGAUGAUUCCAAUAACUUUCAGUCUAUGUUCUCCCCUUAAAGUCAGAGUUUAAGAUCCAGUCCAUAUAAAGAAGUAAAGUUAAAACUGUGUAUACUUUAAUUUUUAAGUUUCCAUAUAGCACAUUGGAAGACAAAUUAUCCAUAAAUUAAUAAUAGCAAGAGUUCCACGAUUUCAUCUUUUUAUAUAUGUUAAUGAAUUAAGUUUUCGAUUUGUUACUGUCGUUCCAAAACAUUUGAACUUGGCCUAAUUUUCGAAGAAUUUGUUAGCUAUCUUUGUAUUUUGAUUUUGCUCUGCAUUCUGCUCACAAAAUAUAAGCAUUGAGUGAGUUUCUCUGAUAGUGAGAAUUUAGAAGUUGUUGGGUUGGCUGCAUUGUUUUUACUUUUGUAGGAUUUCAAGUUAUCAUAGGAGUGGUUAUUGAGAGAGUGGUUAUGAACGGUUCUAUCUUCUGGAAUAUAACGCCCUGUACACCGUUGAACGUUAUUUCCUGCAUUCUUCAUGCUGGUUUCUUGCUUGGCUUAUUCAUCCCUGAAGAUUGAGACAACAUGUUCCUCCGAAUCAUUGGCGACUUCAGCGAAGACAACCUUUUAUGCCUUUAUGGUACACAUAGGGUGAUUUUAAACUUCAGAACUCCAAGGUGCCCAGUCAAACUAUCGCAAUGAAUAAAGCUGGUAAACACAGUUUGCACAACUUGUGGCAAGACUCUUUUGUAAACGCUGAACCAGCAGUUGCGACAAUUGUAGUAAACUCUUACAGUUAAUUGAAAAGUAUGAAGAAAGUCUGACGAGUUAAUGUUAAUGUUAGUUAAUGUUAAAUACCUGAGGUUGGGGAUACGCAACAGCCUUUGAUUGGCAAUUUUAGGGGGAGCCACCGGGCACUAUGCCCGAGGCUAUCUCGAUAUUAUUAGUGAAACUUCACAGGGCAGACGCCCAACUCAUCGUAGCAGUUAGUCGAACCACCUCAUAGCGAGACUGCAGCAACAGCAUGGGAUCUGCAGAGCAGCUUCGCCAGCCUUACUGAAGUGUGCGCUCACUGCUAUCGCACAUGUGGGGGCCAGAACAAAGCGUGGUGGUGGUUGAAGCCGGUGGAUGCCAAGGAUAGAACUGAUGGAGCAAAAUACUGGACGAUAAUGGAGAUGGAGUUCACACUUCAUACCUGUGCUGUGGUUAUGGUCAUACUAAUCCUUGGCCAUGUGCAAGGCACCAGUGAUCUGAAACAGUUGUCUCGUAAUGUGCGACACAGGUUUAUUGGUGAGGUGUUGGUCAGCAUUGCAAGAAAGCAACAACUCACCAAAAACAUUGACCUCAAUAAUAUAACAGUUGAUGCUGACAGCCUAACUACUGUGCUCUUCACACAUCUUCGUCUCCUGAAUACUGACGUGGAAGCCUCGAGCAUUGUGGGUGAUUAUGAAAUUGUCAGCAAUGAUGUGCAGCUAUCUUUUCCAAGAUCAGGUCACCUUAAUGUCUCCUUCCAUGAGCUACUGAAAGAAAUUGGGUGGGAGUCCGCAGUGACUCGCGUACAUCAUCCUGCUGUUGAGGUGCAGAAGAAUUAUACAUUGAAUGUGGAUCUACUAGUGGACUUCUUCUUAACAAUUGUGCGAGAAACACUACACAAGACUGGACACAGUUCGAUUAAGAUCCCAGAUGUGGAUGAGAGCUUCACUACUGACAUCAUAUUCUUUCCAGUAAAUGGGAGGUUCAGAGCUGAGAAUGGAUGGUUGGGGAAUCUGUCCACCAUCUACAGAACAAGUGAUACCAUAGCUACAGUCGUUGACAACACCCUUACUGUGGUUGGCGGAUUUGGCUUGCAGAUGUUGGAGUUUGGAUUCAACCAGUAUGAAGCAAAUUUUGGCGUCAUUCAGGCAAGUGGGACGAUCACAGGUGUGAUCCCCCACAACUCAAUCACUGCCCAGAUAUCCCUCACACAUGUGAAUGGAGUGUGCAAUGCAACACUGGACAACCUGAAGGUGUCUGAAGCAAGUGGAAUCAAAGUGUACCUCACUGGCUGGGACGGCCUUGGCUGGCUGUUGUCUUUCAUCACCAACUGUGCCUCUGGCAGUUACCGUGACAAGAUCUUCUCUGCGGUGGAGGCACAUCUAUCUGCUAAUAUUGAGAAGCAACUCAGACACUUCCACUGUGAACAAUACUUCCAGCAGGUUCUCAGUCAGUUGCUGUAGACAUGAAAUGUCUUUGCCCGCUUGAACACUGGGGUCACAGGUUCGAAUCCCACUUGAGGGAUGGAUGUCUGUGCGUGUUUAUACUGUGUUUGUGCUGUCCUGUAUGUAGAUAGUGGCCUUGAAAAUGGCUGAUAUUCUGUCCAAGGAGUCCUGCCAACUUUGUAUAGGAUUACAAAACUGAAAAAUAGUGGCUAGGGCCCAAAUUCCGGUUGUAGAGCCAUUGAUGACUGAAUAGUAGUAGUCGUAAUAUUUUAAUGAACAUUAAUUACAUAAAUUAGAUCUAAAAAUAAUCCAUUUUAUUUUACUAACUCUGUUGUCAGCAUUUGUCUGUUACUGAUUUAUGAACACAUUCUGACUGCAAGGCUGGUAUUCCAUGUGUUUCAGUGCCUUAAGAUUUUCAGCAAUAAUUAGAGGGAGAAAUUAAUUGAAGUUAUGUUCAUUCCUGUACAUUCAUAUUUACAUUUCAUUAGAUAUUACAAUUAAAUAGAGCCAUGCCAUAAGUCAACCAGUUAGAUGCUGGUUUCUCAUUUAUGGAGACUUCUGUGUAAUCCUCAGUGAUGUUAUAUAGGAUUUGUGCUGGAUCUCUCCAAGAUUUUUUUCUUUUUCCUGCCAAUUAUUAUUCCAUGCUCACCUCUCAUUGUCCAUGAGGCUAGUGAUACUGCUGAUGAGAGCUCAGUCUUUAAAUUGGGGACUGACCAGACACUUUGCUGGUUGCAGAGUAAGGGAGUUUUUCUUUCUGUUAUAAUACAAGUAUGUUGAAAAUGCAGGAAGAAAUUCAAUCAUCAUAAUUUGAAUAAUAAGUAUAAUCUUAAAUUAAACUUUAGUAGGUUCAAAUUUCCAGUCUUUAACACACAUACAAUUUGUGUAAUAUGAAAAGUGAUAUUCCCUUAAAUAUUAUGAAACAAGGAGCAGAAUAGUGCAUAAAAAUACCAAUGUUUCUUUCUGCUAAGUUAUAUGCUUCUGUCACUACCUGACUACAAAGCAGCAAAAUCACGCCUUCAGCACAUUUCUGCCUACCAUUCUGUGACAACGCAAGCCUAGAAUGACUGAGGUUGAGUGCUGUCAGUAAAUGCAUGUGAAAUUAUUUAUGCUUAUGUAAAUAGCUUUUCAGUUUGGGAUUUGGCUCCCAGAGAAUAACAGUGUGUAAUGGUGAACAACAUGUUUUAUACUGGUUAUGCUUCUAAGUUGCUAAUAUUGCUCUUAUGGAGCAGUUCUAUACUUGCGUCAGAAGUAGCUGGUAGUGCUCAGUCAAAGAUAGGGUCUCGCUGACUGUACACAUAAAAAAUCAUAUCUGUACUCAGAUACUUAGGUAGUAGACAGUACUACAGCUGGUCAGGAAAUUAUAGAGGCCAAAGCUUCAGUACAGUGUUAGAUUUGAGAUUUUUACAGUGCUGACUGUGAGGAGUACUAUCUUCUGGGAUGUGAUGCCAUGUAGUCUGGUGGACUUUCACCACAUUUUGGAGGAACCUACGGCUUCUGUCUUCUCUCCUGCUUUGCAGUAUGGCCAUAUUGGGGGCCAACACCAGUUAACUCUUCACCUUGCUCCUUGGUUCUCUCUGGGCUCUUUUUUUAAUGCCUAAAUCUGUACCAAGUUUUCUUCCUGCAGGUGGCUUUGCUUGCUACUUCCUUCUUGCAGGUUGAUAAACUUCUGCUGGACUACACAGCAUCACAUCCCACAGCACACUACUUUUUAGUACCAUAUAUUUUCUCCAUCCUUAACCAGUUUGGUCAAGUUCAUAUCUUCACAAACAGUUUGUCAAAAAAUAAUUUGAAUAUUAUACUCCAAGUUAUGCCUAGAAGUCUCAUAUUAUCUCUUCCUUUCACAUUUUCCAGCCAAAAUUUUGUAUUCUUAUUCUGUUUUUCUUGUAUGUGCUGUAUUUCUUGCCCAUGUCACCCUUGAUCUAGUUACCAUAACUCCAUUCCUCAUUAACCCACUCCUCCUUUGACUGACUAACCCUAGCUACAAGUGUGCCCUGCUUAUAACAUCUUGGCAUGGACUGUAUAGAAAACACCACUUCCCGUUAUUGUUGUAUCCUUUUGUUGCCGCGGAAUUGUUGCAUUCGUGUAUGUUGCAUUGCCGUUACCUAGCAACGGCUGUUGUGUAGUUGCUUGUUUCAUAGUCAUUGAGUAACAACGGGUCUACAUGCCACAGUAUUAACUGCUGAAUGCAGAUAACAUUUAUAACAGAAAUUAAAAAGAAAUAUGCCAUUAAGCAACAGGCUUAACUCACAUUCAAACUGUAUGUAAGAAUUUCAAAAUGGCCUUUUUGCCUAAUAAAAAACUGGCUGUAAUCAUGAUAUGUCUUUUAUGUGCAGGAUGUUCCAUUUUUUUGUCUAUGGUUUAUUUAUUGGUACUGUCCUUAUCUAGUCUACAGAACAUCAAAUGGUGCUUGCUGAAUCAGAAAAUAUUUAGAAAAGAGCGGUCGUGGCCUAAUGAAGGUACUGUCAUGGUAUUUGCUAUGGGACACUGAGGAUAACCAUAAAAUACCUCAGCCAGGAUAUCCACUGUCCCUGAGAUAUGAACUGAGUACCUCCCAAAUUCAAGUCUAAGAGUGCUAGCACUAGACCAGUCUUGGUUUUCAGAACUUCAAAAUGGCCUUCAGAACUAAUGAAAGAACAACUGUCAUUAUGGUAUAAUGUUUAUGUGCAGAAUGUUUUAUCAUAUUGUAGUUACAGUUUACACACAGAUGAGUUAAAGUGAUGAUGUUUCUGAUGCCAGGGUUGGCUAGCUCAGUUUUUUUUGGCAUCUAACACAUAUUCAGUGUAGUUGGCUUCACUACAUGUUAAUGCACAUAUGCACAGAGGGGCAGAUUUGUCAGAAAUGUGUGGCUUUGUAGCAUUCAACUGUUUGCCACCAAAAUGACCAUGUAAAUAGGAUUCAGUCUAUGAUAUAUUUAUGUACAUAGGGAAUUCGACAAGAAAAUGUUACUGAAUAUGAUGAUAAUAGAAGAAUCUGAAGUAGGCUCUGCCUUGGUGCCAUGCUUGUUAGCAUGAUCAACAGUGAAGGAGAUUACUUCUGUUGUUGCUCCUUAUCCCUUCUAUAUUAGCAUGCUAAAUCAUCAGCAUUUAAUAAUGAUGAAAGAUGUUUCAAUAAUGCGUAUGGUGAUACAUAAUGGUAGUGAUGUGUAAAAUUUAAAUUUAUUUUUUCUCUUAUUUUAUCAUGGAAACAUAAGAAAAUUGUUAUAGGCACGCAGCCAUCUCUACUCUCUUCCAUUUUUUUUCACAGUCUUUGAUCUUCUAUUUGUCUAUAGUCUAUUCUUGGUCCAUGUACAAGUAUAUCAUUGGCCUAGUUGUUCUUCUGGUUGUUUUAAAAGUUUAAGCCUCUGUAUAUGAGGUAUAUUAAUCUGUGUUGUUAGUCACAUGUGCCCUCUGACAUUAGGCCUGAACACUUAUGCUAGUGUUCAUUCCUCAAGAAUUACAAAAAGUCAACUAAACUGAAUUAAAAAGUUACAGAGAGUUGAUGGCAAUGUUCCUUUCUUGGGAACUUAUAGGACUAGACUAGACAAUUGGAUGUUGACCAUAUGCUGGAAGAUGCGUAAAUGGUAAGAUGUUGCAGUUGUUAUGAAGCAGGAUAUUUACAAUGAGGGAGACAAGGACAGCCAGCACAGUCACAGUUUGAUUCCCAGCAUAGGAAUUCAAGAUAUUCUUUUCACCACUCUCCAGAACAGUUGUUGGGGAUGUAACAUCCUAGAUUGUUAUGGGAACCAAACCCUGUAUAUUUUCUAGUCUGGCAAAAGCUGCAUUUAGCAAGAAGAAGAAUCUUUUUACUAGCAAAUUGGACUUAAA